AUUAAUGGGCACAUAUUCAUUUAACUUAACUCCCGAACUCAUUUUUAAAUUCCGUGGGUUUUGAGAAACACAAAACCCAUCGCGGUCGCGUCUCCUCUGUUAUCCCAGUAACCAAACAACCUCUCAUUCGCCGUGUUCUCUCCAUUUCCAAGCUACUCGAUCUCCCACGACCUCUGUAUCGACUGGAUACGCAAAAUCUUCUCGUGGUUUCGGGAGUUUCUUGCAGAGGUUUAGCUGGGAGGCUGCUCCUGCUGUAUCUGACCAAGUGAGCCUCAUCAAGCAACAGAGGCAAAGAACAAGUGCUCCCAUCAAAGAUGUUAAAGCUUCUCUAGCUGAAUGCAAUUGGGACAUUGAGGCUGCUCAGAAAGAUUUUGAGGAAGAGAGGAAAAGUACUGGAUUCCAAAAAGUCUUCACGGACAGCUGCAGAGGGUAUGCUUGCGGUUGCUCAGAGUGAAGGGAAAGUUGCUGUGAUUGAACUGAACUGCGAGACAUACUUUGUUGCUAGAAACGACAUUUUCAAGUACUUGGCUUUAGCUAUGGCAAAACGUGCUUUGCUGGUUGGAGAUAGUUCUCAGCAAGUUUCUGGUGUCUUCCCCUUUGGGACUGAGCUUUUUGAGGAGUUGAAGCUUAAUCUCGAUCAUCCUAAAGUGAAUGGUGAAACCACUGUUUCAAACGCUGUUACAGAAGUAGCUGCGAUAAUGUGUGAGAAUGUCAGAUUCAGGAGAGGUUUCUACCAUCCAACAAGCAUAUGGCAUAGACUUUCUCAAGAGACUUCUAAGCUUGUGUGGUUAAAUAAGAACCUGUGUUUGAUUCCUACUGGUUGUAAAGAAUCUCUUAGCAAGUUGGUUUCUUUAAGCCGUUGGGUGCAUUUUUUCAAAGUUGUUUUACCAUCCAACAAGUCUAAACUGGAUUCAAGUCUUUCUCGAAAGACUUUUCUAAGCUGUGAGACAUUUCUCAAAAGAGAGAGUUUUUUUGCUUUAGCCAUGGUAGUUUUCAUUUCAUAUCUGUGUUAAGACUGAUUAGAGACAGCUGGUGAUUCUAUAC